AUGCAAGCGACUGACCCGUGCAUGGAUGUCGAUGGAAAGCUGGCCCAUGGGGCAGAAAGUUGGAGAGAGGACUGUCUUUUUCUGCAGCCGCAAGCGAGCGUCGAUGCCCCGGAACCCGGCGGGUCCGAGCUGGUCGAUGAAGUGCAGGACCCCCUGCAAGCUCCAGCCCUGGGCGGGGCGUUCGAUAGCGCGCAGGGAAGACUCGAGCCGUCUGGCCAAUCCGGGACGGGUGCUCGGGUCGUCCGGGAUAUCGCCGAGCCGCAUCGGCCGUCGACUGCCGUCGGUCCGGCUCGGCAGGCCGGGCAGGAUCUGGGUGCGCAGGUCGAGGAGCUGCGCGCUGAGCUAGUAUCUCCUUCUUUUCUUCGUGACCCGUAUACCAGAAACUGA